UCUUCUUCUCCUUCCUAGUCAACUUUGUCUUGCCCGCCAUAUCCACAGGUGUUCACCAUUGUUGAUCCUUUCCCUCCCCAUCUCCUGUUGUGUUUCAGACUCGUUCGCCACCAUGUCUCAGAUCAAGCUGACGUACUUUGACUUUGGCGUGCGCGCCGACGCCGUGCGCAUCUGCCUCACCAUGGCUGGUGUUGACUUUGAGGAUGAGCGCGUUGCUUUUCCCAAGCUGGCAGAGUUGAAGGAGGCCGGCGUCCUUCCUCUUGGCCAACUGCCUGUGCUGGAGAUUGAUGGCGUCAAGUUCACCCAGUACAACGCCAUGUCGCGGUACGCUGCCACACUUGCGGGCAUCUACCCUGAGGACCCUGUGCAGCGGCUCAAGAUGGAGGAGAUGAUCGAGGUGUGCACAGAGCUCCUGUACAAGGUGCCAUUUGCCGCCAAAGACGAGGAGGAGAAGAAGGCCCUCCGCGAGCAGUUUGCCUCCACCAAGAUGGCCACGUGGUUUGCGUUCCUUGACAAGCGCAUUGGCGAGAACACCGGCGACUGGGCCGUUGGCGAGACGUUCACGCUGGCUGACCUGAGCAUCAUGAUCCUCUGCGAUUUCCUCAAGUCUGGUUUCAUUGACUACAUCAACGUCAACUUCCACGAGGACUACCCCAACGUCAAGGCACUGUACGAGAGCGUCAAGGCAUACGAGCCGGUUGCCAAGUACUAUGCCAGCCAGCAGAAGAAGUAGGCUCCUAGCUAGAAGGACAAUGGUGUCACCAGCCUAGUUGGGUCAGCAAGCGCCAGUGGCUGACAGCGCCGGUACUGUGCUAGUGCAUCCAUGUCAUCUAUUCUUUCUGCACAGUACAACUUUUGUCCAGCAA